AUGACGCAAGAACAAACACCAGCCACCACACUUCCUGAGGGUUACACAUUCCGCGCUCUAGAAGCAAGCGACUACGCAAAUGAUUACUUAGAGACAUUGAAAGUGCUAACUACAGUAGGAGACAUUUCAGAAUCAUCGUUUAUUAAACUUAUACAACAUUGGCAAACCUACUCAAGCAUAUAUCACCCGCAUGUCAUCACAAACCCUCAAGGUAAAGUUGUCGCUACUGGGAUGCUCCUAGUGGAAUUAAAGGCCAUCCAUGAAUGUGGCAAAGUAGGACAUAUCGAAGACAUAUCCGUUGCGCUGACUGAGCAAGGCAAGAAAUUGGGCAACUAUAUGGUUUGCACUUUAAGUAGAUUGGCCAAAGAACAAGGUUGUUACAAGGUCAUUUUGGAUUGCGGUGAGCAUAAUGUUGGAUUUUAUGAAAAAUGUGGGUACAAACAAGCAGGUGUGGAAAUGGCACAACGGUUCUGA